GAUGAGGAUGUCUUCACAUUCUCAAGAUGGCGACCAUCAACAUGACUACGUGGACAGCGACACUUAUCACUUUUCUGACACUUUUUGCCGCUGUUGUAUACGGAGGUUCAGAAGGAGCAGAUGGGAAAGGUUUUGGUGACAACAUUGAAUGGUGGGCAUUAAAUGAUGGUUUAGCACAAUCUAAAAGCACAGGGAAACCUUUGAUGCUAAUUAUUCAUAAAACCUGGUGUGGAGCUUGUAAAGCUCUGAAGCCAAAGUUUGCCGCAUCCACUGAGAUUGAAAGUCUCAGUAAGAAGUUUAUCAUGGUCAAUGUUCAGGAUGAUGAAGAGCCAUCGGACAGCAAGUAUGUUCCAGACGGCGGUUACAUCCCCAGGAUUCUAUUUCUGAACUCCGUGGGCGAGGUCCAGACUGAGCUUAUCAACAAGGCUGGCAACCCUAAGUACAAGUACUAUUACCCAGACGUUUCAGGAGUUGUGGCGACAAUGAAUGAGGCACACCGAAAGCUUGGCGGUGGCGGUACUGAAGAACUCUAACCUUUGCGCCCGCCAGAACCCUUUGUCAUCUGGUGUUGGUAUUUAGCUAGUUUUUUGUCUUAGCAUGCACCUUUUUGUACCAUAUUUAUGAGCUUUUUUCUCAAAUAUUUUUUUACUGAAAGAAUCACAGGAGUAUCAUGUUGAUUGCACUGGCACUAAAUGUUGUUUGCGAUGUGCCGGUCUGAGUGAACCAGUUCACUAUAAACAAAGAAUAUAAUUUAUGUGACGCUUCAGGUCAAAACCAGGCUCCUGCCCAAAGCUCAAAAUGUUGUUUAUUUUAUCAACAAAUAAACAAGGAAAAAAGCUUCAAGAAACACCUUUUUUAAAGGCUUGUUUUGUAAUAAUUUGUCAAUUUGUAGAAAGUUUAAGGCGGCACAUCAUAUUGUUAUCAAGACUGAUGUUUGAAUGGGAGACUUUGGAACACCAAGUGGCAGCAGACUUGCCGGUUAAAUUUCCUUUGUUAACGUUGUUCUGAGCUUGCGCACAUAACGAGAACAAUGGAUUUGCCUGGUAAGUCUGCGGCCACUUCUUGUCCCCCAAAAACAAAUACUUUUUUUUUGCUUUUAAUGCCAUUUAAUUUUUGUCAUGUUCUCUUCUUUAUCUGAGAAGUGCCUGAUUUUUUGCGCUAGGCAUCACACUUUGUGGUUCCCUCACAAAAUCAUCUUGAUCUUUCUUCAGAAAAUAGUUUAUAUCUUAUGCACUUAACCUCUGACUAAAAAUCAACAUCUCAGUUGGGAUUGCUUGGGGGUAAGUUUAACAUUGAGUUCAGCCUUUGAUUUUGUUUGUACCAGGGGUCGAUUUCGCAAAGAGUUAGGACUAGUCCAAACUUAAGAGAAGUCCUAGGAGAUAUUAAAAACGUAUGUCCUAAUUAGUUAAGACUAGUUUAUUAGGACGAGUAACUCAUACUAACUCGAGAUAAGACUAGUCUUAACUCUUUGUUAAAUCCAACCCAGAUUUGUACAUACCUUAGCUCAAUUUUUUGAGGAAUGUUUGUAUAUUGUGGUCUGUACACUAACGUUUAUUAAUCUGACACUUUCUAAAAUACUGAUUUUUAACAAUGAAGGUCACUCAAACUAUUCACACAAUGCAAAUACUUAAAAAGUGAUUUUAAAUUCUUAUGUGGCGUGUCGUGGACCAGGGGUCUAGUUCACCGGACCCAAGCUCUGGUGUUGUUAGCAGCAGAGUGUGGGUUUAAUACCAGGUCAUGACACUUGUGCCCUUGAGCAAAGCACUUAACCAUAAUUCCUUUUGUAAAAUAUUGGGAAGGCGGUGUAUUCUGUUCUACCAACCAGGCUCCUAGUGGAUGAUACCCUUGCCUACAUCCUUACAGACUGUGAAGGGGGGUAACCCUGUUUCAGCCCCAGGAGUAGGUGGCAACAUGUCCCUGGUGGCAGUUGAUUUGGGUCGACAGCCAAAAUUAGUUAUGUAGCCCUCUUCUUGUAAUGGCUGUCCUGCCUUGUGAUGUAGUAAGGCAAUCUCCCAUUGUGCUUUAAAAAAUAUCUUGCGUUUGAUAUAUCGUAAAAGUCAUAUUUUUUCAUUUGGGUAUCUCAGAUAGUUUAUGUUUUGGGAAAUGUUCAGAAUACAAGUAGAUAGGCCUAUCUUCUGGUCAACCAAUUGUUAUCAAUCAUCAGAAAAAAAAAAUUGCAGAUUUAAAUUCUUAGAAUAUUCAUUAAAUGCAAGUUCAAUUUAUAGAGAAA